AUGACUGUAUUGUCAUUCGAAAUCGAAACGGAUUCUAACGAUGAGAUUACCGAACUAAUAGGAAAUGUAACUACUGAUAAUCUCCGGAGUGGUCUUGAAAAAUGCACUGGACUGCGUAGUUGGACACCAGAUUAUGCGCCUAUUCUUAAAGUGAUAACCGGACCACUAUCUAUCAAUGAAACAGAAGAAAAAAUACAUUGGUUGAAUGCUGAAAUUCAUCGGCGCCAUCUUGGUAAGGGCCAAACUACUCAACAAAAUAAAGAUCUCGCAACUAAAAUAAGAUCUCGUGGUAAGCCAGGUGAUGACUGCGGUCAUAUCAUAGCUGCUUCACUUGGUGGCAAAAUGGUAGAUUUUAAUUUGUUUCCACAGACUCGUUUUAUUAAUCGAGGACAGUAUGGUUGGGCGAGUGUCGAAUUUGAAGUUCGUUUAUUUUAUGAUGAUAUGGAAUACAAAGAUCGACCUUCAGGUGGAAAAAUUUUAAUUACAUUUAAAGGUGAUCGAAUGAAGAAAUCUGGUAUACAUAAUAGCAACCAAAAUGAACAAAGUUCAAGUUCAUUAUAUGCCACUUUGAAAGGCAAAUUAAUUAACUUAAUUAAAGAUGAAUCAUAA